AUGGAUCGCUUCAGUGAGAUCUCGGUCUCGUCGGAGGCCUCGCUGCAGAUCGUGAGGAGCCACUUUGAGCAGAUCAGUGGCAGUCAGUGGGUGAUGUUGUCCAGAGGCAUGUGCGACUUGGAGACCAGGCGUAUUCUGACCGCCAUGUUUAUCUCGUUGGUCCAAACGCUGUCCGCCAACGUCUUGGGUCUGAUUGUUCCGAAACACGAAGUGAACAACAGGUUCCUGAGUGAGAACGAGGCGACCCGAGCUCACGGAUCGAUCGUCACUGUGCUGCAGGACACCAUGGGGCAAGUGUUCUCUCAGGCUCUGAAUCUGCCCACGGACUCGUUGGACAAACACCAGGACUCGCAGGAGCUCACCACCCUGAUCGAGCAGGAGGUGUCCGCGAAGGUGAACCGUGUCCUUUCUGAGGAGCAGGAGGAGGGCCCUGUGAUGGUGGACGCCCUCAUCAGCAGCGAGAGUGUGGCUCGCAGCAUGAUCGAGAAGGGAAACUCCUGCCUCAAGAGGUGCCUUCGCUUCUUGUUCUGUUCCUGCGGCCGCCGCGCUGACACAAACAAGUCAGAAUCUUCAGAAAGCGGGCCGUGCCGCUGUAGCUUCCUCAGAUUCGCCAAAAAGAAUUUCCGAAGCAUGCAGGAAAAUCUGGAGGCAGAACUUCUGGUUGAAGAGUUAGCGCCAGAGACGAGGAGUUUGUCGAAGGGGUCGAGCUGUGGGAGUAACCCAGACCUGGGAAAAACUCCGGGUUAUGCUUUGAGGACUCCAGAGGUUAGUUUUGAGCAGUUUCAACCUCAACUAGAGGAGUUGUUUCGACAGUUAGAUCUCCCGACAAGUCCUGACACAGAAACAAGUCGAGUUAGACUGGCCCAGGCCUUGGAUAGUGAGGAAACCACAAUCUUUGUUCAGAAUCUGACAGACACAAUGUACUGUCACUUUCAUAUCCUAAAGGGACUUGUGUCACAGAACAAGGAGCUAAUGAGUGAGUUCCAGAACCAAGAGCCCGAGCCGAUAUACACACGGAAAAUAAGGGUAAGCUGUAAGCUCAGGCACUAUGACUGGCAGCAGACAUACGCCACGGUGCAGACCGAGGUAUCAAAUUACCUUCAAAGCCUCCAGGAUUACAUAGCGCAAGACCCAUUGGAGAAGUUCUACCGCCAGGAUCUGUUUGAGUUGUGCAUGGAAAAGCCGCCUCUGUCGCCCAACUCCCAGCAGGCCCUGACAUAUAAUGUGUCCAUUCCUUCUCAAGGGUUGGUCCCCGUCCAGGUGGAAUUUCAACAACUGUCAGGGCAGUCUUUCAACAGCCAGAAACACGACCUGUUCGAGAGGUCUAUGGUGCACCCCAGAGCCUGUGUGCCAUCGCGGAUCUCUAGAGACGUUCCGGCGAUCGUCUUACGCACACCAGAGGUCAGCACCAGGAGUAUCUCAGUCAUCUCUGAGAAUUCUUUUAGAAGUCAGAAGUACGACCUGUUCGAGAGGUCCAUGGUGCCUCCCAAAGUAGAGCUGCCUUCUUUCAUCUCUGAGGACGUCCCGGCGGUUGUCCUGAAAACCCCAGAGGGCAUGAGAAGAAUCAGUGACAGAGACUUGUCCGAGGGCCAGUCCAUGACUCUAGGCCUGAUAGAGGCUUUGAUGAUUGAGACGUUCAGGGGAAAGGCAGCUUUGCGUCCGUGGGACCAAAAAUACAAAGUGAUUCGCGACCGUUUGACAGAAAUAGCCUGGGAGGAGAUCCAGCUUUCUGAACACCAGGCAAAGAAAACGGAGAAGAGAAUGAGUAAAAUCAUUGCCGCGAUUGUGAAAGACCUCAAAUCCCAUUACGGCACGGCACAGAGAAUGUUGGAAAGUGCUUUGGACGGAAAAGACCGGACCUUUGAAAAAACGGUUCUGAAGUCCCUGCAGUACCACCUUGAGCACAACCUGCGGAAGAAGAAGUCUUUUCUGAGCCGCUUGUUCAGAGGUCUCUGUAAGCCCUUCCAAUGCUGCUGCUGCCCCACCACUGAAGAGUAA